UUUGUGAUUUGAUUCCCAAAAAAUAAUCCACUUUUCUCUAUUACUCAAGUCACUGUUACCUCUUGAUACGUGAAAAUACUCAGCAUAUAUGUUAUGUGCAGUGCAGAAUAUUUGAUAACCAAGAAAUGCAUUCUACACAUUCAUCACAUUGAAUUCAACCUAGUAUAAUCAUUCAAGAUUGUGCGAAUUAAGAUGAAACCUUCUUCUCACAAGUGUUUCUCUUCUCAAUUUUUGUCUCUCUUCUUCACACUUGCAUUAGCUACACUAGUUCUUGUUUCUUAUUGGACUCAUUCUCCACAUUUCUCAUCAUUUCUUCUUCCAACACAUGAAGAUGAAGAAGCUCCAUCAGCCACUGCAUUUCCAUUACAAACCUUUGCUUCAUAUGGUUCUUAUGAUGAUGAAAAGCUUGACACAAACUUUAAGCAUAAAGUUACAAACAAAGAGAACCUUAGAGAUCAUAAACACAGCAACUUGGAAAGAAUUGAAUCAAAAUUGGCUAAAGCAAGAUAUUCCAUCAAAGAAGCCAGCAAAGUUCGAAAUUCGACAUCUACCCACCAAGAUCAAGAAUAUGUUCCUCAUGGCCCGAUUUACAGAAACGCCAACGCUUUUCAUAGGAGUUACCUAGAGAUGGAAAAGGUGUUCAAGAUUUUCGUGUACGAGGAAGGAGAGCCACCGAUGUUUCACCAUGGUCUAAGCAAAGACAUAUACUCAUCCGAAGGAAUGUUCAUAAACGAAAUGGAAAAGGGAAGAUACUACAGAACAUAUGAUCCAAAUGAAGCUUUUGUGUAUUUUCUACCUUUCAGUGUGGUUAUGAUGAUUGAGUAUCUCUACGUGCGAGGCACCUAUGAUCGAACUCCGUUUGGUCUUUGUGUAAAAGACUAUAUACAGAUUAUAUCUCAUAAAUAUCCAUUCUGGAAUCAAUCUCAAGGCCAUGAUCAUUUCAUGCUCUCUUGCCAUGAUUGGGGACCAAGUGUAUCCGCUUAUGUCGAUAACUUGUUCAACAAGUCAAUAAGGGUGCUCUGCAAUGCUAAUACAUCAGAAGGAUUCAAACCAGAAAAAGAUGUACCAUUCCCUGAAAUGAAUCUCAGGACAGGACAUCUCACAAAUCUAGUAGUACAAGGGUACCCUCCAUCUCAUAGGACAAUCCUUGCUUUCUUUGCAGGUCAUUGGCAUGGUAACAUAAGAUACUUACUCCUCAAUGCAUGGAAAAACAAAGACAAAGAUGUUCAAGUUUUCGAUGAACUUCCUGACGAAGAAUCUUAUCAGACUAAGCUUAGAAGCAGUAAGUUUUGUUUGUGUCCAAGUGGUUAUGAGGUGGCUAGUCCGAGAAUUGUGGAAGCUAUAUUUGCAGAAUGUGUGCCUGUGUUGAUUUCUAAUAGCUAUGUUCCACCUUUUAGUGAUGUUUUGAAUUGGAAAUCAUUUUCGGUUCAAAUAGAUGUGAAGGAAAUUCCUAAUAUUAAGAAGAUACUCAUGGGAAUUUCGCAGAGAAGGUACUUGAUGAUGCAGAGGAGAGUAAAACAAGUGCAAAGGCAUUUUGUUCCUAAUGAGCCACCAAAAAGGUUCGAUAUUUUUCAUAUGACUAUUCAUUCUAUUUGGCUUAGAAGGUUGAACAUCCGUAUUCAUGAUUACGACAAGUGAUGUUAAAUCUUCAAGACACUGACACGAUACUGACACUUGUGAUUACGUUCAAUAUAUUCAUUUUCUAAGUAGUUUUUCUCAUUGUGCAACAAAUAAUACAAAAGCGCAAACACAUAUAUAUAGAAAACUGAUAUGGAUUCUAGCAUGUAAUCAGGAGAUUACUGUUCUCAAACAUGGCGGUUCAGAAUGUAAUGAGACUAACAUUGUUCUCAUAGUUGGUGUCCAUCAUGAUACACAUACAAAAUCACUAGAGUCGUAAUAAUAAUAUACACAAAUAGGUGACUUCUAGUUUACACAACAGAUGAAAUAAAGGUGUCUUCUAAAAAAAAUUAUUUCAGCAAACAUGCAAGGAUUUGAGUGCUUAAUUGAUAUGGAAUUCUCCACUUGCAUGAACCUCUUUGACCCUCUUAUCGUACUCAUCUUCUUCAACUUCCUCUUCCUCCAAUUCUGCUUCCAAAUCUUCUGCUUCUUCAUCUUCUUCGCCUUCCCAGCCAAAACCUUUGAUGGGCCUAGAUAUUGGAGGCGGGUUUCUUGCCUCUCCCACGAUUUUCAUCACAUCGUCCACACUUUGUAGGUGAAAGCUUGGAUUUUCCCUCUGGUAGUACAUAGCUUGAGCUGAUUCUGUAAGCUCCCUUGGAAGAUUCUUUAAAAACCACGGGUGGCUCUUGAUUUCCCUAAUAUUAAUUCUCUGUAAACAAUAAAGAAUAUAGUCAUAAACAAGCCUUGAUGUUCCAAAUAAUGUCUUUAGUUAUAUUUUCAAGAGCUUCUUCUCUGACAAAAAAACACAUUUAAACUCAAAAAGAGAUAUGCAUGUUUAUGAAAAAUGUAGUAGAAUCGCUGGAUUUUUUGAGAUUUCAUGGGAUUUGUAUAUGAUGUGCAUAAUGACCCGACACUUACAUGAUAUAUCGCUCGAAAAGUUAAUAUGGAAAGAAGAGAAAAGAAGACCAAAUUCAUGUUGUCAUAGGCACACACGAUACACGGAAACAUUCCAAUUUUAUCUAUCUAUGUAGCACCAACCCUUCAAAAUGAAAGUGAGUCUGAUACUUGGUUGUUGAAUAGAGGCUAUAUCGGCACUUUAGCGUUAUACGGCUAUAUCUUAGCAGAAUUUAAACAAACUAUUGUUUUGUGGUGUGCAAUUAUUUUCUUUGAACUUUUUGCGAUGUGUGAUUGAAUACAAAGUGUUGUUAAAUAGAGGCGCUAAAGCGCUAUAGGUAUCGGAAUUUGAACAACUGUUAUUUUCUGCAAUUGGCAGCACCCUCCAGUGUUCGACACUAAUGCGACCCCGACACAUGUGAGGUAGGUAUUUUGGGCAUGUAGAAAGAUGACUCGUGGACUUUUUAGUAAGAGUAGAUCAGAUGGAGGGUAGUCAAACAACUAGAGGUAGAGGAAGACCUAGGAAAACCAUAAGAGAAACUAUUAAAAAAGAUCUCAAGGCUAACAAGUUGGAUAGAAACGUGGUUUUUGAUAACAUUAUGACGUAGUUUGAUCCAUGUAGUAGCUAACCCUACUUAGUGGGAUAAAGCUUGGGCGGUGUUGCUGGCUUGCUCAUGUCUGUUUCAGUGCUUUAUAGUUUUCUAUCGACAGAAGAGGAAUUGACCAGAUGGUUCAUGAGGGUUUGACAAGUAAUCAUAUUGUAUGUACAUGCAUAUUUAUACAACUAAAUUAACAUGGAGGAGUCAUGGCAUUCAUGAUCUGGAAUGCAAAAAAGUUUAAUCGCGUUGCAAAUAAUAGCGAAAAAAGUCUAGAUGAUUAAGCAACAUAAACAUACCCUCAAUGGAUUUGCAACAAAUAUCCGAGAGAUAAGGUGUCUGCAAUCUUGAGAUAUGUGAACAUAAUCAGGAAUUCUGUAUUGAAUGGCCAUUAUACGCUGUAGAAUAGGACAGGAAACAAGGAUAAGAAUGAUAAGAAAAGAACGUAAGAAACAUUACGAAAAUCAACAAGUAUUUAAAGGAAGGAAACACACCUGAAUUGUUUUCCUAAAAUUUUUAGGGUCAUCCUGGUCCUCAAACGGAUAUGCUCCGACCAGCAUUACAUAAAGAGUCACCCCACAUGACCAUACAUCAGCCAUCUAAAACAAUGUUCAGAACCGAAAAACAACAUAGAGUCAUCAAUACUAUCGUCAACAUAUAAAUAAAUCUAAUGAGCCAAUCCCAUGUGUGAGGUAAAUCUAUUACCUUUCCAUCAUACUCCCUCCUAGAAAGAACCUCUGGUGCUAUAUAAGCCGGUGUUCCAACCGUUGAUUUGGGACGUGAAUGGAGCAAAGAUGACUGCAUAGCAAGUAAGAAACACUCUAACAACUACAAGUCUAUAACGGUAACACAAAUACCAUUAUUUAGAACUUUUAAAGCUUGAUGAUACUAAUUCCAAUACCUUGGAAUAACCGAAGUCACAAAUUUUUAAGCGGGGUGCAGGACUUCCAUCUAAAAGGGUAUUCUCUAGCUUCAGAUCUCUGUGGCAUAUUUGCUGUAAAAAGAAGAUUAAAAGCAUAAGUUCUCACAACAUGUACCGAAAAGUUCAAUAAUUUACCUCAAACUUGAGCAUGAAUCUACCAUGGUAUGACAGAAAUGGACACCUGAGAUCAGCUGCUGAAAGAAAUACCUGGCCUGAACAAUCAAAAGCAAGGAAGUUAAAUAAUGGACAAACCGAAAAAUUGUCAAAGAAAGAAACAUGUAAAGCAAUUAAUUAACCUCAUCUUCACUGAACCUUCCAGCAUUACAUAUCCUCUCAAAAAGCUCUCCUCCAGCUGCAUACUCCAUAACUAUUGCUAAAUGUGUUGGAGUCAAAAUCACCUGCAAAAUCAAAAUCAAAAUCCUAUUGAAACAUGAUCUCAUAGUUCAACAUGUGAUUCAUGAUUUCAUAAAAAGUGAAUCCCUACCUCCUUGAAUCGAAUUAUAUUCGGAUGCCGAAGAGACCUGUGAUUCAUGAUCUCUCUAGCCACGUUCUCAUCAAUCUGAAAUUCAAAACAAAGAAAAAUCUCAGAAUACCAUAAAAAAAAAAAAAAAAAAAAUUCAUUAAUUAAUCAAAAACAAGACAGUAACUAAAUUGAAUCCUAUGAUCAAUUCUGCUUGAAGAGCUAAAUUAUGAGUUCUAAAGUAAAAUCACUAAAUUAUUAAAGGGUUAUGAUAAAUCAAAACAAAAAUUGAAAGGAAAGCAAAAUUAAUAAUAAAUCAUCAAAUUAAAAAAAAAAAGAAAAAAAGACACGAACCUUGGAACCGCGCUCGAUGUAUUUCAUAGCGACAAGUUCCUUUGUAACUUUGUUUCUCAUAAGCCUGGCAACCCCAAAAUUACCAGAACCCAAAUCCUUAACCGCCUCGUACUUAUCCAUGAUUAAAAAAAAACAGCCAAAAACUGAGAAACCUAAGAAAUUGAAAAUAAUGGAAUCGAAUUGAAUCAGAAAACCAUGAUAUUGGAUUAUGCAAUUGGAUGAAAAGGGUAUUGAAAGAAGGUCGCUUUAACGGAAACAGGGGAUUGUUUCGCAAUUUGAGGAAGGUAGA